AUGGCGAAUCAGGAGAGCAGCGUAAUGCAAAUCGAAGAUAUUCAUGGGAUUGAGAGGUACAUGUUCUGGUUCGAGCGGCUAGCCAUUAUACCACUGGUUCUUAUAUUUCCUUAUUCCAAACUAGUUCUUAUGUUUCCCUAUUCCGAACUUCCAUGGUCUGCCACGCUGCUCAAACUUCCAUUGUUUUCUGCUGCCGUGCUGCUUCUCCUCACCAAUGCGGUUUACUUAGCUCUCUCCUUUGAACGACAAUUCAUCCGUCGUUUCUUUUUCGAACCUGAUAUAGCGUUUUAUAUCGAGCGACCGGCCAUUCUUGCAAUCAUACUGCCUUAUGUUCUUCCUGAUGGACCUACUAGGCUUGCUAUCAUUCCGGCACUCAUAGGUUUGUGUGUCCUGAUACUGACAAACCAUGCGAUGAUUCAUUCUUACCUCGAAAGGACAGAAGUAGAACCGCAAUCGAGCAUGAAUAGCAGCCUUUCGUCUAAAACCAACACCCCUAAUGCAAAAGAAACUAGCCAGAAUAUUGAUCAGGAAGUGGAGGCUAGCUAUGCAAGGGAUUCUAUUACCAGUGACAGUGACUUUGAAUGCUUACCGAGAUUGGUAACUGAAAAUGGAGAUAAAGAGACAGCUUUUCCGAUGAAUAACAGUCCUAUUUUCCAAACCAACAGCCCCAGUGUGGAACCUUGGAAGGAUGGGAAAAUACUGAAGAAAGAGGAAGCUAUGGUCGAAUAUGAGAGCCUGAAAGAGAUAUCUGCUAUGACCAGAAACUUUAAGCAACGUACAGGGUUACGUAAAUGGUUCAUUGAUGGCUUAUCAGAAUGGGACACUAUGUUAAGUUCACAUAUAGACUUCAAAAAGGAAGAUGCGGGCCAUGGACAGGAGCUUAAGAUAACGGAAGAUAGAAAUAACAAAUCUGAGGCAGCGGAGGAUGUUCAAGACUUCGAGAAGAUUGUGGAUGAUCAUCUGAAGGAAGAGAAAGUUGCAUGCAAUGGAGGACUGAAAGAAAUUAGGAAGAUAGAGGAUAAUAUUCAAAAUGAAGUCAAAGAUGAAGCGGGAAUUGCAAACGACUUUAAUGGUGUUAACCACAGUUGGGAAAAAGUGUUCAGAGAAACGUUUUUUGAUGAAACUGAACCUUGUUUCAAUCAAAAGACAACAGAUGAAGUUAUAGGCAACUAUAAAAGUGAUGGUGACAGCAGUUGGGAAGAGGUGCAGAACAUUCUUGAUGCAAAGUUUUGUGCUUCAAUUGCAUCUCUCAAAGGAGCAGAAGAUCAAGAGGCUACAAGUAACUAUGACAGUGAUAAAAGAAGUUGGGAAGAAGAACAAAGCAAUCAGUCUUUUGCUUCAGAUUCAAUGUCAGAGUUAAUGUCUGACUAUGAAGGAAAGUCAAUUUCAUCGUCCGACUCAAUGCCAGAGUUAGUGCCUGACUACGAGCGAGAGAAAAAAUCAUCCGAUUCAAUGCCAGAGUUACCAGUGUUAGUGUCACUUUCAUCGUCCAAAUCAAUGUCAAACUCAAUGCCAGAGUUAGUGUCUGACUAUGAAGGAAAGUCAAUGUCAUCGUCCGACGAGCGAGAGGAAAAAUCGUCCGAUUUAAUGCCGGAGUUAGUGGCUACCUGCGAGCGAGAGAGAAAGGACUUGACCCAAAAACUUGAGGUUGCAACUAAACUUUGUAAGCUUUUCUCAGAGAAUGGAUUUGAAAGGGAGUGGGAUGCAAAACUUGAUGUCGUUACUAAGAACUUGGAGCAUUACCCAGUCAUUGAAGAAGAACGCCUCAACUGGAAUGAGGAAAAGGAAUAUCUCCGUACAAAGUUGGAUGCUGCAGUUGAGUCUUUGGAAGAAGAGCGUGUCAAGUGGAAAGAUGAGAAAGGUGAACUUUGUGAAAAGCUUGCUGUUGCUACGCAGUCCCUUCAAUACUACAAAGCCAUUGAAAAAGGUUUUGCUGAAGAGCGUCAGAAAUGGGAUGAGGAAAAAAAUGCUCUGAAUGCAAUCAUUAUUCAUGCUGAUGAAAAUGUUCAGUAUUGCCAGACUCUGGUAAAUGCUUAUGCUGAGCGUUACCGUCUGCUCGAGUUGCAGGUAUUUGAGUACCAUUCCCAGUGGCAGAGCUUCAUCGACAAGUGGAUAGUAGACACAAAUGAUCUACAUUCUAAGCUGAAUGCUGCAAUCUCAUCUAUUGAAUCUUACAAAGCCUGGUGCACUCGAUCUGAACAGUUUUACAAAACCUGUUUUGAAGAAUAUGAAGAAAAAUGUCGCAAGUUAAUGCAGGAGAAUCUUGAUCUCUCUACAAAGCUUUCCACCGAAUCUUCAUUUACGGAACGUUACAUUAGGCUUCUUUACGAGCUUGAAGAAAAAUGCCACAGGUUGGAGGAAGAGAAAUCUGAUCUUACUGGCAAACUCUCUGUUGCAAAGGCAGCAUCUGAGCUUUAUCGAGCUUGCUUGCAUGACUUAGUUUCUUAG